AUGAAUAUAAAGUUCACACUAUUACUAGUGCUACUGGCUGUGUGUUGUGGAGGAAUCAGUGCUAUUGGUCAAGUGUUUGUCUAUGACGACACGGCAGACUGCUCCACCACUCAAUGCAACUUCUUUGAGGAUGAAUCAAUAUGGGUGGAUCAGAACGCACCAAAGAUAUACUCUGCUGGUGACACCAUCAUCAUCAGUAGCAAUCGCACCACCUCAAUAUUGGUCAAAUACUUCCUACCCUACUACUGUCGCACAUUCAUCGUAAAUGGUCCAAACGUCACGGUCCAAGUUGAAUUCCCCAUCGCAUCACUGACAGUCACAGGUGACUUUAACGUUACCGGCGGUGCCCAAGUCACAUUUGGUGAGCAAACCAAGGCCAAUCUUACUUAUAUGGCCGUGUACAAUAGCAGCAGUGUGGCACUCUACGGGACUACAUUUGGCCAGAAGGACCUGUUGCUGGUGGACCACACGUCCACAUUGUAUUUCUCCAACAUGUCACAGAUUGAAUACGGUGGCCCUUCAUACAUCGAUGGUGUGCUUACCAUCACCAUGCCACAGACCUCUGCUACAUUCUCAGGACAGACCAACAUCACUCAGGGACUACACUCUGAAUCGGCAACACUAACAAUGGAGAGCGCUUCGUUCAGUGGCAACUCAACCGUACAUGGUCUAACUCUCAAUGCCGCCAUUAUCGAGCCACAGUCCAACAUACUAGUUAGUUCAUUCAUCUCAAUGGUGACGAUGGAGAGCAGCACAUCUAGUUACUCAGGACUUCAAUUGGCGUCUGGCUCAUCGAUUGUCGUCAACAGUAUAGACAACCAACCAAGCUCAAUGAACUCAGUGUCCUCAUUAGCCAACUCCCAAAUGUCGCUCACCAACUCCUCGUCACUGACCAUAACUGGAUGUAACAUUAAUGGUGACUUGACCACGACAAACGUACCAACACUCCAAUUGGGCUACACUACAUCAAACAACUAUAUUACUAGACUACUAUUCUCUGGUGCCACCUAUGUCCAGCUCUCCAACAUCACCAUUGAAAGUUUGGGACAGCAACCAACAACUCCACAAAAUGCCCUCCUCAUUCGCACGCAGUCUGGCACGUCGACAAUCAACGGUCUAAUCAGUCAAUCAUUUGUGAAUACAUCGAUUGCUGUGGACCCCAACGCCAAACUCAUCCUCCCACCAUCCAUCAACACGGACGGACCGAUAAUGGUGUCUGGUCUCCUGGUUGGCAUGAAUAUCUCUACGCCAUCACUCACGAGCUUGACCCCAACGUCCAACAUAAUUAUCAACCUAAUUUCCAGUGUCACAGUGAUCAAUGCCCGAGUUGAGGUAUAUAGUGGUGCAAGACUCACUGUAAUCGUACCAACAGAGGCACCUGUUUCAAGUGGUCUACUCAUUGAUGGUCCAUUGUCAUUCAAUGAUGCCAGCACAACUCUUAACCUUCAGUUUGAUGGUUCACGUGAAUCAUCCGAUCCAGUGAUCAAUGUGAACAGUCUAGAUGCCAACAACUGUGUCGUCGUGGUUAACAUUACAAGUAUGCCAAACACAUGGCCCGCCACCUACACGCUGGUUAGGUCCAACGUCAACAUUACCAGUUCAUUCAACAAUUCUGCGAUCCUCCUAUCCCUGCCUGGUGAGAGUGACACGGGUGCCCAUUACACGUCCACACUGGACACCACUCAGGACAACAACGUACGAGUAACGAUUGAUCGUAGGGUGGUUAGCGGUGGAACCCUGGCUGGUUGGAAGAUAGCGCUCAUUGUGAUUGGCAGCGUGAUCGGAGCGGCCCUCCUCGCAUUUGGGGCUGUAUUCAUUUAUCGUCGUGCUCGUCGCAGCAGGACAGGUUACGACACCAUUGCAUAG